UUAUCCAGAUACAAUAAAUCAUGGAUACCAUAUGUGUGCCUUGAAUUAUAAAAAUGGCCCAAAACAAAAAUAUCAAAAGAUUCAGUUAGUCAUUGAGGAAGAGUAUUUCUAUAUAUAUAAAAACGAAAAAAAUCUAAGUAUCUCAAACCAACAUCAUGAUUCAGGCUAUUUUCGUAAUCACUGGCAUAUACAUGCAUAUGUUUAUCCUAUGCGAGGCGGAGAAUUGCUUAUAUUAAAUUGAUAAGUUGAAUUUACGGAUAGUACACAACAAUAGGUAUAACGCCAAAAGCUACUUUUUUGAAAAUGUCCGCACAAGUCGUCAUUGUUGGCUCCUGUAUGAUUGACUUCACUUGCUAUUCCCCAAGAUUGCCUAAACCUGGCGAAACUUUAGCUGGAUCUAAAUUUGAACAAAAUUAUGGAGGAAAAGGCGCUAACCAAUGUGUAUCAGCAACAAAACUUGGAGCUUCUACAGCUAUGGUUGCAGCAUUAGGAUCUGAUGUUUUUGGAAAUGAAUAUCUGCAGCGUUUGAAAUUGGAAGAUGUUAAUGUAUCGCAUGUAACUUUGAAGAAAAAUAUUCACAGCGGCAUAGCACAAAUUACAGUUGCAAAUAAUGGAGAAAAUACAAUUGUAAUUGUACCUGGGGCUAAUACAUUACUAAGUACUGAAGAUGUGGAUGCAGCUGCUGAUAUAAUUAGGAAUGCUCCAGUUUUAUUAUGUCAAUUUGAAAUUCCAUUAGAAACAACUUUACAUGCUUUAAAACUGCACCAAAAUCAUGGACUUUCAAUUUUGAAUGGAGCACCAGCAUUGGCUAAUCCUAAUCCUGAGUUACUCAAGGCAUGUGAUAUAUUUUGCGUUAACGAAACUGAGACAGAAAUUAUGACAGGCAUUCAGCCCCUAUCUCUCUCAAAUGCACAAGAAGCUAUCGACAUCCUCUUAUCACAAGGAUGCAAUACCGUGAUAUUAACUUUAGGGGCUUUAGGUGCUCUUCUUGCAUCUAAGGAAAGCACUAAGUUUAUACAUAUUGUAACUGAACAAGUGGAUCCUGUAGAUACAACUGGUGCCGGAGAUGCUUUUCUAGGUGCCUUUGCAUAUUUCAGAGCUUAUCACUCACACCUUUCACUAGAAGAAAGUAUCCGAAGGGCCUGUCAAGUUGCUACUGUAUCAGUUUUAAAAACUGGAACGCAAACAAGUUUUCCUACGAAAAAAAAUCUCCCAGCAUCAUUAUUUUCCUAAUUAAGGCAAAUAAAAUAAGACACAUGAAAAAUUUCUUUGUGAUUAACAUUCUUUUUACCUAUGGACAAAAGUUGAAACCAUACGACAAUAAAACAACUUUAAAUAUACGUGAAAACUA